AGAAAAUGAGAUCCCUUUGGAUGUUGCUGAUGCUUAUCGGAACUAUCCACGCAUUUCUGCUAGGAGGGUCAGGAUGUGGAUGCGGAGGCCCCAGCCUAUCCCUCUGCGGUGGAUGUGCUCCUCGUCCACGCGUCGCUGCUCCACCAUUUGCACCACCACCUCCGCCAUCCCCACCACUUCCUCCAAAAUGUGAAUGUCCACCUCCAACAUGCAAUUCCUGUGCUCCAGCUCCAUCAUCUUGUGGGUGUGGAGGCGGAGGAGGAGGAGGCGGAUAUGCUUCUUAUCCACGUGGAGGAUACGGUAAAGGAAAGUACGAGGAUUCCGAAGAGUAUUCCGACGAGGAGACAAGCAAGGAGGAUUAGUAAAAACUGCAGAAGUGUAUGAAAAUUUCUUGUAAUUAGUUACAUAGUUGAACCUCUAAAUAUUAACACUUGCAUAAUAACUGUAUUUAUAAAAUAUUUAUUUUCGGUAAAACUGGAAGUUUUGAGGCAUUAGUGGUUGUUAGCUUGAUUUUUCUCACCUCGUCAGUGAAAAAAUUAUUUAAAACCGCUCCUGUAGUUUUGAAACGUCUAAAUAUUACAAUAAAAAAUUGCAAAAAAUUUUCGAAAUGUUUUUUUCAAAAGUAGUGAAAACUCAAAACUUUCACCUAUCAUAAUUUUGGAAGUUGCUCAAAAAAUUUUUUUUCUAGGUCUUUUACAUUUUACUGGCAUUUUAUUUGUACUCAUUUGAAUUCUCUAGGGCUCAACAAACUUGGCAAUUUACCUAAAUUUAGACUGCAAAUUUUGAAGAAUCUAAACAUUUUUGGAGCAUAUUAUUCUGGUAUUUGAUUAAGCCGGACUACCAAAUUCCCAUUUACGCUACUCCGUCUUCAACGGAGCGCCCGACAUUUACAGGACUGCAAACCUGCUAGAUGUCGGGCGCUGCAAAGCUACUAGUUUUCAAAAGAUUACCCAAACUAGGCAUACCUAUUGCCUCAAGAUUUUCUGUUAUUUUUUUGAAUUGUAAAUUCUUUUUCAAUUUGAAAGGAGGAUUCGGCAGGCAUACGAUAUAUUGGUUUCUCUUUAACCUUAAAAUAUCAUAUUCCUGCCGCAUCUCCGUUCUACUGCAAUACUUUUAAUACCGUAUUUCUUCUUGCACCUAUUCUUUGCCUUUGAUAGCUCGUAUCUCAGUUGUCGUUUCCUGUAUUUAAAAAUUGUCAACUAACAAAAUAUUUGUAAUUUCUUUUCUAUCGAAUUGUAAUUGAAAAUUUGUCAAUAUCUUCAAAAUGAAGCGAGAUAUAACCUUUUAAAGUGAAGUAGUGGGAAUUUUUUUAAUUUUUAAUUUUUUUUUCGUCCUUUUCGUGCUUCAAACAGUUUGAAACUUUUGCAAAUUCCAAAAGAUCACUUCCCAACUAAUCCAGCUUCUACAAACUGAUAAUAACCAAAAAACUCCGCGAAAUAUUUUUUCCCCAAGUCUUCCUCAACCUGUUCUCUCAAUUUUCCACCUCUCCAUACACAUUCCUUAUCAUAUCAUGUUUGUAAUUUUUUUUUAUAAAUAUGCAAUUUCUGGGUUUUCACUUGAUAAAAUAAAAUGCGAUACAAUCUC